UAGGUAUUACACUAGCUACAAACUUCCCCCCAAAAACAUGGAUCCAGAAUACGACUACCUUUUCAAAAUUGUUCUCAUAGGAGACAGCGGGGUUGGGAAGUCCAGCAUCGUCAAACGAUACGAAGAGGAGAUUUUCAUCUCGACAACCUGCCCACUAUUGGUGUCGACUUCUGCAUCAAAACACUGCAAGUGGAUCUCAAUGCAGUGAAGCUCCAGAUAUGGGACACGGCUGGCCAGGAGAGGUUUAGAACCAUCACACAGAGCUACUAUCGUAGUGCAGACGCCAUCGUCCUUGUCUACGACAUCAGUUCACUGGACACCUUCCGCAGCCUUCCAGAAUGGCUGGAAGAGAUUGAGAGAUACGCCGGGAAGCAGGUGUACCGCGUACUCAUUGGGAAUAAGAGUGACCGCAUAGAUCGUGAAGUCCUGACUAAAUCAGGAGAGGAGUUUGCUCGCGAGCGUGGCGUCCCCUUCAUGGAGACAUCGGCUAAGAACUCGAGCAACAUUGACCAGCUAUUCUCCCAGCUGGCCAAGUCUUUGAGGGAUAUUCACAAGGAAGAGAAGUUGAGGAAUCCAAGCUACUACGGUGGAACCAGCCUGAGGCCAACCACUGUUGCACUCACAAGGACCGACAAGAAAAAGAGAGGACUAACAUGCUGCACAUAAAUCGUUGUCAUCUAAUCCAUCUCGAUGAUUUAAUACAUUGAAAAGUCAGAAGAAAGUUGUCGAAUUGCGCAGGCGCAUCACUAGCUGGACUAUAC